UGGUAAUGUGGGCGGUGACUAAGUCGCCGGGGCCGGGCAGCAGCAGGGGUAGUCAGUCGGUUGUGUUGUAGUCCCCUUAAAUUACUGCUUGCAGUCAGUAGUGGAUCCGCAGUUCUUGUAUGUUGCCGUGCCGUUGUGUGUCACUUUCUGGCCGUUGACGGGAGCGCACUUGCUGGUCUCUGGUGUAAUGGAACUGGAUAAAAUGGACGAAAACGACUGGAAGUAUCACGGAGAAGGAAACAAGAGUCUGGUGGUCUCACACGUACAGCAUCCCAGAGUUCUGCGCCUACUCAAGUAUCCAGCAGAGGACUCUGAAAACCCUCCACAGACAGCAGAGCAGGCGUACAGGCAGAUCCAGAACAUUGUUGACUUCAGCUCCAACGUGAUGAGCAGCCUGCUCGGGGAGAAGUUUAUCCACAGCGGGGAAGUGGUUAAACUGCCUCUCGAGUUUGUGCGACAGUUAUCAAUCAAAGUCCAACAUCAACGUCCAGCGUGGCGCUGUGAUAAGGUGAUGGACAUCUACAGUGGGUGUGCUCUCUGUCUGCCCAACCUGACGUCUCCAGCCCUCCACCAGCCGACACACACUCCCCCACUCUGCAUCGAGAUCAAGCCUAAAUGCGGUUUCCUGCCAUCCCCCAAACAUGUCAGCAAAGACAUCAAGACCAAAGUGUGUCGCUACUGCAUGCACCAACACUACAAGGUGGCCAACGGGAAGUGGAAGAGACGCAGUUUUUACUGUCCACUCGACCUGUUCUCAGGGAACAGACAGAGAAUGCACUUUGCCAUCAGACACCUGAUAGAAGAACCUCAGAACAACUUCAAAGUAUUCAAGGGCGGUCAGUGUAUUUACAGCAGUAAGGAAGGCAGCGACGAGUCGCCGGACAUGAACUCUCUGCUGCAUCAUCUCAGACCUUACUUCCUACACACAAACAAUCGAAUGAACAGUCACGUGACCAGCAAAGCAGUCCUGAACGACUUCAUCCAGGUCCUGGUGAAUGCCCUGCUGAGCAGUGGAGGAGGAGAUGGCAGUGUGGUGGCGGACAGACAAGCGGAGGGGCGGGGUUUCUGCGAGGCGAGCAUCUUCAACAAAGAGAGGAUUCGCCACGGUUCUCGAGGUUUACCCAGCGACAGUGUUUUGUUCAGGAUCCUUCAGACGCAAAUGUUGGACACAUUGGACAUCGAAGGACUUUAUCCUCUUUACCGCCAGGUGGAGCAACACCUGCAGGACUUCCCCAAAGAGAGGACUCGUCUUCAGAUAGAAGGACCGUACAACGAAGCGUUCUUGGAGAAGCUGCAGAAAUGUCCAUCAGAGAACGACGGCUCUGUGGAGUACGCUGUUGCAAAGGUGCACCAGUACCGUGUGGCCAUGACAGCCAAGGACUGCUCCAUCAUGGUCGCCCUGGUGCCCAGCAGUGAGGAGGAAGAGGACAAUGAAAGAUGUGAAAAUAAAAUACUGAGAAAGAUCAACACUACUGUGUAUUGUCUUUCCAGUCAGAGGCAGCUCAGGGACUUCAGACCUCCUGCUUUCUCCUAUUCAGCCUCCAUCCUGGAUUUGGACCCAAAGCCGUUUGACAGCAUCCCCCGCCAGCUGCGCCUGGACCAGAAAAUCGUCUCCUGUUAUCUGAGGACUGGCGGUGCCUUGCCAAAGGGCCCUGUGAGAGAGAAGGAGGACUGCACGCUGCUCUUUCACCCCAUGUGAGCGCCCAGUCUGAGUCCUGAAGAGGAGGUUAACUGCGGCCCUGAUGCCUCUGAUGAAGAGGAGACGCAGCGUUGGUGGGAUUUUGACCACCCUCAGCGCAGCGCUGCAGCUCCUCACCGCACCUCUGUUGCUGCUCUGCAGGUCACCUCAGAAUAACCAGAUAUUUGAGUGACUUCCAGGUGUUUCUGUUACUGAUUCGAGAGCAUUUGUAUCGCCCCAUCGGGAGGUGAAUUCGAACAUCUGUCAUGCUUUAUUAGAGCUUCUCCUGCUUUAAUAAAGCGUAUGGUGACAGUUAAGAAUUAACCUCCAGAUUGCCGCAUGUGGCAGUGCUGCAGAAGACAGAGAAGAGGGGAAGUGAUGGAGAAGCAGGUUGUUGGGCUGAUGUCAGUUGAUGUCAGAGGUUUGAUUCUGAGCAGGCUUUGCUUCCGUGCUGAAAGAGGUGGCGUGGUGUUUGGUCAUAAGCGAAACGCUGCCUCCCUGUUUGUCCCAAACCCCCAUUGGUUUAAUCUGCUAAAUAUGUGAAAGGUCAAGCCGUGAAGCAACAACACAAACCUUCCAAAGUGGAUACAAGCAGAAAGCUGUGUUCAUGUCACUCUGGAGCCACUUUCAUUUUCAAAUUGUUAUUUGGCUUCAUAAAAAUGGACUCACAGUGUGCCAAUUUUGGUACAUGUGUCCUCUUGUGAAAGUUUAACUAGAUUGAUCAGAGAGGUGCCUCCACUCCAGUAAUGUUGUGUUGUUGAUGCUCACAGUCAGUCUUUUAUUCAGGAUUAGAGGAGUAAAACAAAGGUCUGGAUGGUACUGUUUGAUUAAAAAUAAUAUAGUGUCUGAGAAAAUGAAAAAAGUUAGCAAAACUGAUUCAAUCUACAGUCUGAUGUGACUGUGUCAGCAACACUGAGCUUCAUGAUGUACUCAGGUAAAGUGACCCUUUUAGGUACAGCUGGGCCUUUAUCAGAGAUGAAAGCACAUUACUGCUGCAUUUCACUCGUUCUAAGAUUCAAACUAAUUGUUGCUCUGUAGAAAUACAGAAACUUUGAACUUCAGCCCCCUCAUAACGUGGACUCAAGACACUUCUGUCAUCGGAUGGAGACACUGAUGCAUGAUCAUCACGCAUGUGAUCAUACACAGAGCAUGUCUUUCAUUCAGUCUGAGCGCUGCGAUUUAACUGAGCUGAAAGCUGAAUUUAUGAGUUGAGUCAUUCACUAUAACAGUGAUCUGAUCAUAAAGAGAAAGUAAACAAUGAUUACUUUUCCUUUGCUUCUGGAAGCAAGUCUUGCUUCUCAAUAAUACAUCUGAACACAUAGUCAUGCAUGUGUACAGUCACCAGUCUGUUGCUUUUCCAGCUUUACACCAAAAUAAGCUUUAACAUGCUAAAAAGAAACUAUAUUUCUAUAUUACAACCAUCUUUAAUUCUGCCAUACUCAGUUUCAGGAUUCUAUGAGUGGCAUAUUUCCCUCUUUAAAGUCUGUAGUUUGAGUGAAAUUCAGGAAAAAUCAAAGACUUGACAAACAUUUAAGUCUGUCCACCCAGGAAAGCAUGCACUGUGCAUUUAAUUAGGAUAUUGAUAUCAUGCCAUGCAAGUAUUGAUCCAAUACCCCAGUUCAAUGAAGAGACACUCAGAAUCAGUCAUUUAUCUGUGAUAAAUAAAAUGACAAAUACAUCUAUAACUAUAGAUUUAACCAGGACCAGGACAGAACCUCGUUAAUUAAAAGAAAAUUUGCUGGCACGAAAUACCUUCAUGCUGUGAAGUGCAGAGCACUUCUGUCAAUGUCAGCUCUUUGUUUUUGACUAGAAAUGCAGCUGGUGUGCAGAAAUGUUACAUUCACUUUACUAAUAAAUAAAAUAUUAUUAGUUUCCAUUAUAAUGAUGUAAACCAGCAUCCACAAACUAGUGCGCGGUCUUUGAACCCCUGCUGUUAGUGAUGUUUCCAAGGCGGUGCAUGUUACUCUGCAGCAUAGAUUUAAUUCAAGUCUGCAAAUGAAGCUCAGUGUGGCCGCUCUGCUGCACAGAGAGGGGGGUGUGUGUGUCAGGGUUUUUAUGUGAAGCAGGGUAAAGUUGCAAAGGCUGCUGGGUAAUAAUAAUAAUUAUAAUAAAAAUUCCUCUUCUGACAAGCUGCGCUUCGUGCUGCUGCUGCUGGUUUUUGUGCCAUAAGUGGCUUCUUGUUGUCUGUGUGUGUGCAUCCAUGUGCCUAAAUGUUGUGGUAGGACUGGAAGCUGAGGGGGGUGCAUGUGAGUAAACUGUUACAGGCUGCGUUCAAGCGGCAGCGAUCCAUGGACGCAGCCAUGAACUCUCAGUACCUCAAACUCCUGAGGAAGCUCGACAGGGUCACGUGACGUUUGAGCAAUGAUGUGUUCAGGAGCGCUGCAGGUUUUCCGGCAGUGCCAACAGGCUUCAGAUAAACUGGUAACACUUGACUUCACUUCCUGCUUCCACUCUCCAACUUCAGAUGCCUCCAUCAGCCAGUCUGAAAACUAAUCACACUAAGAGUCCUCCACACUCCAUUCCUCCUCAAUCUCCUAUCAGGAAUUCUGUUAAAUCCAAACA